UACCGUCUCCACCUCCGUCACUACGCCCGCCCGCACCGAUAAAACCGUGGGGAGCCGGGCGGGCGGGCAGGCGGGAGGCGCUAGCGCCGGGGCGGUGACAGUGACAACGGUGACGCCGGCUCAGGGACCGUGGCGCAGGGACCGUGGCGAUGGUGAAGGAGACGCAGUUCUACGACGUCCUGGGCGUGAAGCCGAGCGCGGCGCCCGACGAGAUCCGCAGGGCCUACCGGAGGCUGGCGCUGCGCUACCACCCCGACAAGAACCCGAGCGAGGGCGACCGGUUUAAACUCAUAUCCCAGGCCUAUGAAGUGCUCUCAGACCCAAAGAAAAGGGAGAUUUAUGACCAGGGCGGGGAACAGGCGAUUAAAGAAGGAGGCUCAGGCAGCCCCAGCUUCUCCUCCCCCAUGGACAUCUUUGACAUGUUCUUUGGUGGUGGAGGACGGAUGGCGAGAGACAGACGAGGAAAGAAUGUUGUGCAUCAGUUGUCGGUAACUCUGGAAGACUUGUAUAAUGGAAUCACCAAGAAAUUAGCCCUCCAGAAAAAUAUAAUUUGUGAAAAAUGUGAAGGCAUUGGUGGGAAGAAGGACUCUGUGGAGAAAUGCCCGCUGUGCAAGGGGCGGGGGAUGCAGAUCCACAUCCAGCAGAUUGGGCCCGGCAUGGUGCAGCAGAUCCAGACUGUGUGUGUGGAGUGCAAGGGCCAGGGCGAGCGCAUCAACCCCAAGGACCGGUGCGAAAACUGCAGCGGCGCCAAGGUGAUCCGGGAAAAGAAGAUUAUUGAGGUACACGUGGAGAAAGGUAUGAAAGAUGGGCAAAAGAUACUAUUUCAUGGCGAAGGAGACCAGGAGCCUGAGCUGGAGCCUGGCGAUGUCAUAAUUGUGCUUGAUCAGAAGGAUCAUAGUGUCUUUCAGAGACGAGGCCAUGACUUGAUUAUGAAAAUGAAAAUUCAGCUUUCUGAAGCUCUUUGUGGCUUCAAGAAGACUAUAAAUACACUGGAUGAUCGAGUCCUUGUUAUCACAACCAGACCAGGUGAGGUGAUAAAGCAUGGGGACCUGCGAUGUGUGCGCAACGAGGGGAUGCCUAUCUACAAGGCCCCCCUGGAGAAGGGGACACUGGUCAUACAGUUUCUGGUGACCUUCCCUGAGCAGCACUGGCUGUCCCCAGAGAAACUGCCACAGCUGGAAGCCUUGUUGCCCCCGCGGCAGAAGGUGCGGGUCACAGAGGACAUGGAGCAGGCGGAGCUGCAGGAGUUCAGUGCCAGCGAGCAGGGCUGGCGCCCACAGCGUGAGGCCUAUGAGGAGGACGAGGAUGGGCCCCGUGCUGGAGUGCAGUGCCAGGCAGCAUGACGCAGGGGGAGUGUAAUGUUGGCACAAUGAAAUGGCGUCCAGUAACGGCUGUGUCUGGGGCGUCCUGUGUGUGUUCAGUCUUCUCCAUGGCCAAGUGUCUUUGGAUUUCUUUUGGUUCUGAUUUAAGUUAUGCUUGGUUUACAUUUAAAUGUUUUACAUGUAAAUCA